ACGAAAACGGUUCUACCUCCAACAUCAUCUUUGUCUCCGUCUUCGGAGCUGAGUGUUGUCAAUCACUUAAAUCUAUAUAAGUUUGGCGACACGUCUGUCAACCCACCAAUCAUGUGGACAUUUGUAGUGUAUGUUUUGGCUUUUGCGUUACAGGUGUCUGCAGUCAGCUCCGCUCAGGAAUCAGAUUCCGAAUAUUGGAUUGAAAAUGGAAAACGAAUGUUGGAAGAAAGGUCAAAAUUAAAAUUGCGAACAAAUAAGGCGAAGAACGUGAUAAUAUUUUUGGGAGAUGGUAUGUCAUUGACCACAUUGACGGCUGCUCGGAUAUACAAAGGUCAGUUGCAAAACACGUCUGGCGAAAGUGAAAACCUAAGUUUCGAACGGUUUCCGUUCACCGGAAUAUCGAAGACAUAUUGCGUUGACAGUCAAGUGGCCGAUUCAGCAUGCUCUGCUACAGCAUAUUUAUGUGGCGUCAAGACCAACAAAGCCACGAUUGGAGUAACAUCUAAAGUACUCUUAGGAGACUGUCCGGCGUCGGUGCCCGAAGAGCACCGCGUGACUUCUAUAAUGCAAUGGGCGCAAUGGGCUGGAAAAGCGACCGGAAUUGUGACCACGACUCGGGUUACUCACGCGUCUCCAGCAGGUGGUUAUGCACAAACCGCACAUCGAGACUGGGAAUCUGACGACGAUAUGAUAAAAUUAUCUAGUGGAACAACCAAUAUCACACAGUGUGAAGACAUAGCAAGGCAAUUGAUAACAAAAGAACCUGGUAGAAAUUUCAAGGUUAUCAUGGGUGGUGGUCGAGAUUAUUUUACGAAACGGGGAAUAUCAAAUUCAACGGGCAAACGCCAUGACGAAGACUUGGUACUCAAAUGGAAGAAUGACAAGAAAACUCGGUUUGGUGAUAAGAUCGCCAAAUAUAUAACGACCAGAGAGGAACUAAUGAAAACGGAUAUGUCUCAAACUGAUUUUGUAUUAGGUCUUUUUCACCGGAGCCACAUGGACUAUAGAUUAAAAUCCAAUUUCGAUACACAACCCACGUUGCAGGAAAUGACCAGGAACGCUAUUCAGCUGCUUCAGAAAGAACCAAAUGGCUACGUUCUUUUCGUAGAAGGUGGCCUUAUUGACAAAGCACAUCAUGAGACGUGGGCGAAAAUCGCGCUUGAUGAAACGUUAGAAUUUUCCAAAGCUGUGGCGAACGCUAUGGCGUUGACAAGUGAAGAUGACACAUUGAUUGUGGUGACUUCAGACCAUGCGCAUACCAUGUCAAUGGCUGGUUAUCCUAAACGUAAUCAAAAUAUUCUCGGCUUAACAAAUGAAUUGGCCAUGGAUAAUAUGACUUACACAACCUUGAGCUACGCCAAUGGUCCAAAAAAAUCAUUUACAAAUGACAGCACGUGUCAUAGAGUCAAUGUGACUAACGAAGAUUUAAAAAAAAUUGACUAUACAUAUCCAAGUCUGGUCGAUUUAUCUAGUGAGACUCAUGGAGGAGAUGAUGUCAUGGUAUUUGCGAGGGGUCCUAUGUCACAUUUGUUCAUUGGAAACUACGAGCAAAAUCAAAUUGCUCUUGGUAUGGCAAUGGCUGCUGGUAUUUCUACGAAUCCACCAACGUCUAACUCUAGUAGCGGUGUCGUUGCAUCAUUUAAUCUUCCUGAAAAAACUGUUUUUGUAGUAUUGUUGUUGAGUCUCAUUAGAAUUUUAUAGUUUAGUUUAUAAAUCUCAAGAAAAUUAUAUGACGAUAAACUGAUUUUUAUUUGUA